AUGUCGCUCAGAUCCAGGCAGAGAUACGUCUCUUCGCUUGCGAAUGCCCUUGCUAAAUCUCGUCAAAGCCAGCCAGAUGGAUCUCUCUGGAAUAUCCUUGCUUAUCUCGUCAAUUCUAGCCAGAUAGAUCGAUCUCUCUGCUUGCGAAUAUCCUUGCUUAUCUCGCCAGAUGGAUCCCGUUACUUGCGAAAACCUCCCACGCGUGCCAUAUGUGACCAUCUCCCCGACACGACGUAUAUAAAGCCGGCCGUCGCACCUCGCAAACCAAGCAAAUGA